UGUAAUGUAAUUGGAGUCUGGCGGGAAAUUAUGCAUCUCAGUACGGUUCCGUUUAUUAUUAAACUGACGUAGAAGCAUCUGAUUUUAAAAUUACAGAAUUAAACGUUUGUGUGCAUAAGACCAGGACAGAACAACAUACAGGGGUGAAACAUGCAAGCGUUUUUAAAGGGAACAAGCACCAGCACCAAACCCCAGAAAGACAAAGCCACUGCUGGAGCGAGUGGAGAAAACAGGAAGCAAAAACCAGUCCCAUGGGUUGAAAAAUAUCGACCAAAAUGUGUUGAUGAAGUGGCUUUCCAGGAAGAGGUAGUUGCAGUACUGAAGCGGUCACUAGAGGGAGCUGAUCUUCCCAAUCUCCUGUUCUAUGGCCCUCCAGGGACUGGGAAGACCUCCACAAUUUUAGCUGCAUCCAGAGAGCUGUACGGACCGGAACUGUUUCGACAGAGGGUCCUCGAGUUAAAUGCUUCAGACGAACGUGGCAUCCAGGUGGUGCGAAACAAAAUAAAAACGUUUGCACAGUUAACAGUUGCUGGGAGCCGUUCAGAUGGUAAACCGUGCCCUCCGUUUAAAAUCAUCAUCCUGGACGAAGCUGACUCCAUGACCAAUCCUGCCCAGGCUGCUCUCAGACGCACCAUGGAGAAGGAGUCUAAAACAACACGCUUCUGUCUCAUCUGUAACUACGUGAGCAGGAUAAUAGAGCCUUUAACAUCUCGAUGCUCCAAGUUCCGCUUUAAACCUUUAGCAGAUGAAAUACAGGAGAAAAGAGUACUGGAGAUUUGUGAAAAGGAAGAUGUGAAAUACACGAAAGAGGGAAUUACAGCCCUGGUUAAAGUGUCUGAAGGGGACCUCCGAAAGGCUAUCACUUACCUACAAAGUGCAGCCCGACUCACUGGGGGCAAGGAAAUAACUGAGCAAGUUAUUACUGAAAUAGCGGGGGUUGUUUCCAAUGAGAUGAUUGACAGCCUCAUACAAGCAUGCUACAGCAGCUCAUUUGAAAAACUUGAAGUCGUUGUCAGUAACAUGAUAAAUGAGGGGUUUGCUGCUUCACAAAUUAUCAACCAGCUCCACGACACUGUAAUUGAGAAAGAGGACCUGAAUGACAAGCAGAAGUCGGCAGUCACGGAAAAAUUGGCGGAAGUAGAUAAAUGCUUGAUGGAUGGAGCAGAUGAGUACUUGCAGAUGAUUAGUCUUUGUUCUGUAAUUAUGCAGCAGGUUACCCAGAACAACUGAGAGCAGAUGUGGCAGUUUUUUGUAUUUAACUUUGCAAGUCCUCCCUUUGUUUGAGGGUUGAUUUUGGUGCACAAUCCAUAAAACUGAAUAAAUCACCUCACACUCAGUGAGUGGAUUGCAAAGGAAUGCAUUUGUUUAGAAGUGUCACUUUCAACUUGUAUUUUGUAUGUUAGAUCUGUUAAUAAAGUAUGUAUUAUUAAGGAGACACGACUUAAAAUAU